AUGGUUUUUAUGUCCCUUUUAAUUAUUGUAAAUCUCCUCUUUAAAAUAAUUGGAGGAAUUGAGAUUUCUGGAAUACCUAAUAGCUGUCAACAACCACCAAACACAGCAAUGCUAAUCUACAAUAAAUCAGAGAAACAAAUAGGUACACAAACAAUACCAGCAGGAGAAUGUGAAUGUCCUUUUGACCCAACAAAUAAAAUUUUAUUCUUCAAUCCGGUAGCUAGUAAACUCCCAACAACUGGGCCUAAAGCUGGUGCUUCUACAAUAAAUAUGCAUUGUGAAAAAAUUGAGAAUUUUUGUGUUUGUGAUGAAAAAGAUGUUUGUUGGAAGUUGGAAAAUGCUUAUGCUGAGAUAGUAAUAAAUGCUUAUUGUGAUACAGGUAUUAUCGAAUAG